UCGUCCGAGAAGAGCAUGAGGCCGGCGUCUCUCGGUUGAGGUUUCCGGGCAACUCGACUGCAAUAACGGUUUCCCGUCUCAACCGAUCGUAUACGCCGGUAAAGCUGAAUUAGACUCGAGCGCUCCCGGGACAGUGCGUGUCAUCGAGGUAUAUUACGUCACAAAUCUACAACUUGAUUUUUUUUUUUGCCUCUCUCCAUCUUCGCGGAGCUUGAAAAGUCAAAAUGGCAGACCAGCUGACCGAGGAACAGAUCGCAGAGUUCAAGGAGGCGUUCUCACUGUUCGACAAGGACGGCGACGGUACCAUUACCACCAAGGAGCUCGGCACUGUCAUGCGCUCCCUGGGCCAGAACCCCACCGAAGCUGAGCUGCAGGACAUGAUCAAUGAGGUCGAUGCAGACGGCAACGGGACAAUCGAUUUCCCCGAGUUCCUGACGAUGAUGGCGAGGAAGAUGAAGGACACGGACAGCGAGGAGGAGAUCAGAGAAGCGUUCAGAGUCUUUGACAAGGACGGCAACGGCUACAUCAGCGCGGCUGAGCUACGGCACGUCAUGACCAACUUGGGGGAGAAGCUCACUGACGAGGAAGUGGACGAAAUGAUCCGCGAAGCCGACAUUGACGGCGACGGACAGGUCAACUACGAAGAAUUUGUCCAAAUGAUGACCGCCAAGUGAAGAGAAGGCUGAUUUUUCUCUUUAACGUUGCUUGUCCUCUUAAGAUCACUGUCUUUAAGAACAAAAAGGAACAAUUGUCAGCUGAUGAACACCCCCACCCCCCCAAUUCCCCCCUCAGCCCCUUAAACAAAACCAAACAUUUCAUGUCGAAUUUGGCCAUUUGUGCUUAAUCCAUCCAAGUACUUCUGAGGUAUCUGUUUAGCAUACACCUACAGAAUGAUCCCUGAAGAAGUUAAUGGACCAAGCUUUAAGAGGGCCAAAGGCCUUUUACUUCCGACCAAGAUUCUGCCGAGUCACUCGGCUCAUGAAUAAUUUAGAGGAAAGAGCAGUGCUGCCACUGCAAGGGGGGGAGGGGAGGGACAUCGAAACCGACGCCACCGAUCUUUCGACAAGUGGGUUAUUUCAAAUCUUUCCGCUUCCGCAAAGAACCUUUGCCUCUCUACUAGCACCGGUGGCGAUUUUCUCUCGAUACCAAUUCGACUACUCUUCUUGCAUGCAGCCGUUCUGUGGUGGUCUCCUGUCUCGACAAGGUGGUUCUGAUCCCAAUCAGAGGUAGCGGUCAGAUAUUGUAUACAGUGGAGGUAUAUACUUUCAUAUAUAGCUGUCUUUAAAAAAAAAAAAAAAUCUUUGGUGUCACUAUUGGUUAUUUCAAGAGCAACUCGUUGCAGUCUGUGGUGUUCAUCGGUGCUUGGUCGGACAUGAGCAUUUUCAAAAAGUUUUGGCUAUGAACAAGAGAGCGAUUGAUCCCCCGACGGGGUGUUUUUUGGAGGGGGUGGCUUUUCUGCAUCGCAGCGGAGAGGCGUGCGUGAACUUGUUGCUUCGAGGCUGAUUGUUGUGAAGACGCUGCGGAGGACCGCUGUUAAUACAAAACGGAUAUUGAUGUAAUGCUUUCUAAAUGUGUUCUCAAAUAUUAUGUAUGGAUGACAAACUUUGGUCACAAACUUUCUCUCUCUCUCUCUCUCUCUCUCUAUAUAUAUAUAUUCGGUAUAUUGGUGUGUCGUAAAGUUUGCAUCGCUCGUCGUCGUCGUCGUAGUCGUAGUAAAUGGCCCGUGCUCUGUUUUCUCUUUGGUUUUGAUAUGUGCCAUUAACGCUCCCCAAAUGCCUCAAGCGUCUCUCGCAAGGUUCCCGAAGAAGUUCUAAACAUCUCCGGAACUCUCACACUAAAAGGCUUGACAGUUUGCACUCGGUAUUAAUCAUGUGAAUAUUAUUGCAAAAAGAGAAAACUAAAAUCGGACUCGUGCGUCCCUAAUUUCACAUCCCUCGUCGGCUGUUCCAUCUUGAGUUUGUAGUCCAGUGGUUUCAUCACCUGCAACCUGCUUGCUUGUUUUACUCAACGGAAUACUUAUACUGUACUGUAUAUUUACAAAUACCUAACGUAGUCGGCCUGUUCUAAUAAAACACGAAGAAGGGGUUGUAGCAAUUUACUGGACCGGUCGGUUUCAGCGUUUUAACAGUUGGGGGCGAGUCAUCGUUCGAAGGGGAUUGAAAGUUAAAUACCGCUCGGAGGUAUUUCAAUCGGCGAUGUUUGAUUCGGAUACCAGGAAGUCAACGGUGAUGGACUGUUAGCUUCUGAUGGCGUCUCAAAAGAUGUAAAGAUGUGAUAUAUUUUCCAGAAAUCAAUAAACUGAAUGAGCUUUACUUCA